CAACAUGUCCUAGUCUUGUACAAGGCCCAGACUUUGAUCUGUUUCUGGAAUGUGACAGUCUCUCACUUGAUUAGUCAAUAACUUGGAAUCCAAAGAUCAAUUAAGCAGUCUGUCUCCCCCUCUCAGUCCCAGACCAUGAACUACGUAGGCCAGUUGGCGGAGACGGUCUUUGUUACUGUAAAGGAGCUCUAUCGUGGAUUAAACCCUGCUACACUCACCGGUGGGAUCGAUGUCAUCGUUGUGCGCCAGCCGGACGGCAGCCUCCAGUGUUCACCUUUUCAUGUGCGCUUUGGAAAACUGGGAGUUCUUCGCUCUAAGGAGAAAGUGGUGGAUAUCGAGAUCAAUGGUGAGCCAGUGGACCUGCACAUGAAACUUGGAGAUAAUGGAGAAGCAUUCUUCGUGGAAGAAAACGAAAGCUUUGAGGAAGCAGUACCAGCGCACCUUUGCACUUCCCCCAUCCCUAUGGAGGGUCCUGAUAUUUUGGAGGUACCCGAGUCUCCCGCUAGCACCACCUCGUCUUCGUCUGCUCGCCGAAGAAAACGGCGCAAGAAACGCGCCCGCUCUGAUGCACAUCUCCAUGAGGACGUUGGCUCCUCCUCAGAGGAGAGAGAGACUGCGGAACAGGACAUCCUGAAAGAGGAGUCUGGGUUUAUGGCAAGUAAGUCUGUGUAUUACUCUCUGUCUGAGGAACCAGUUGAAGAUGUAAUGGGAGCUCAGGCCAAAGAAUUGCAUCCUUACUCUGAUGGAGAAGGCUCAAAUAAUGAUAGUCUGUUUUAUAGCCGACCCUCCUCUCCUAAGAGUGACUCUGAGCUGUUGGUGAAGCCUCCAGAAACUGCAUCCGGGCCCCAAAUGCAGUGGACCUGGGGUGGAUUUCCCAAGGUCUGUUCGUCAGAGCGAGGGAGCACAGAGCGGCUCUGCAGCCCCUCCUCUAUCAUUACACCCUCGGAGCGUUCCCACUUUCGCACCAUCCGCCGGCAGGCCUCGUUCAACAUGGAGCCUUCCGAGCCCUUGACCACUGUAACUGUAUUGAGACCAGAACCUUUGAUUCCGGAAACUUACCCAUGUCACUCGGAUAAUCUCCCUAAAGUUUCCCAUUCUACCCCGAGCACAGAAACGUCCUCUCCCACACACCAGGCUUCCCCACUCAUGCUGCCCCAUAUAGAGCCUGCAGAGGGCUCUGAGCAACCGAACACUUCAGAAUUGGAGGGCUGGAGUGGCCUUAAUGAUUGCAUAACCAGCACUGUUCAAACAUGUGACACAGACUGUGAUGCUAGAACUGCAAAUCCAGAUAACACAGAGAACACAACUAGACCUACUAAUACUGAUAUGGUAGUCAGUGUUAUUAAUGACACUAGUCCAAAGGCUGCCAUUGUGUUUUGCUCUGAAUACCAUGCAAGCAAUAUUAGUGUCUCUUAUACAGCUCAGUCAUGUAGCAUGGUUCAGUCAGAAACCUGUGCCACCUCUCUCGAUAAAAUCAGCGGUUUUACUGACACAGCUCAGUGCACUACAGCACUAAAGGCAGUUUCAGUGAAUUUCAGAGACAGUGGUAUUGAGGAAUUGACUGAAGGAUUUGCAGAGGAGAAAGGAAAGGUGGCUAAAGAGGGUAAGCCCACAGGCAGUCAGGAAGUGAAAUGUGUUGGAGUGACAGAACAUGUGGAAUCUGUUGCACAAUUAGAGGAGCAGUCUAGCUUCUCGCAGUCCUCCUCUAAAGCAGCAGAAUCAAAGGAAAAGAAAAAAGGCAAGCGCAGCCAGCAUUUGGGGCCAACUGAUAUCUAUCUGGAUGAUUUAUCGAAACUUGACCCUGAGAUGGUUGCACUUUAUUUUCCCAAAAGUGAAGGUGAAUCUUCUUACCAGGGAGAAGCUUUAGAAGGUUCAGUCCCAUCGAUACAGUGUCCACAGUCAGGCCAACAGUCUCCUCAGGCUCUAAGCAACACCAAUGUGGACAGUGGGACUGAGUAUUUGUCAGACUCCACCAGUGACACUCUGGAUGUUACCAUGUCCCUCUGCGGGACUGAGAGAUACUCCAGGGAGAUCAAAAAAGAGAAGUUCGAGGAGCACAUUGUCACCUUUCCAGACUUUGUCAACAAUCCUGGAAUUAUUGACGAUCCAAACCUUGUCAUCUGCAUCAACUCAAAUUAUUACAACUGGGCAGUUGCUGCUCCGAUGAUCCUGUCAAUGCAAGCUUUUCAGAAGAAUUUGCCAAAGAGUGCAGUUGAGAAGCUGGUAAAAGAUAAGAUGCCUAAGAAGUCUGGUCGCUGGUGGUUUUCCUGGCGACGAAGAGACAUGGAAAAAAAUCAGGCAAACUCAAAGCCUGAUUCUGAAGAACAUCAACUUGAGGCAUCAUCAUCAUCAUCUCUGCCUAUACCACCCUCAAUAAAGAAUUACUCUGGUCAGCUGUCCAGUGAUGAUGAUGGCACUGACCCUAACAGGCUAGAAAAUGUAACCGAAGCCAUGAGCACUGUACAGAGUCUGACUCAGAUAUACCGCAAGUCUCUCCGCCUCACCACCCAACAGAUCGAGCAACUCCAUUUGCGGGAGGGAGCGAACAAGAUUGUGUUCAGUGUGACCACUCAGUACCAGGGCACCUGCCGUUGUGAAGCUGCUAUCUAUCUGUGGAACUGGGAUGAUAAAAUCAUAAUCUCAGAUAUUGAUGGAACCAUCACUAAGUCAGAUGCUCUCGGGCACAUUUUGCCACAGCUGGGCAAAGACUGGACCCAUCAAGGCAUCGCCAAGCUUUACCAUAAAAUACACCAGAACGGCUACAAGUUCCUGUACUGUUCAGCUCGUGCCAUAGGCAUGGCAGACAUCACAAAGGGUUACCUGCAGUGGGUCAAUGACAAAGGCAUUGUACUGCCUAAAGGACCUGUACUUCUUGCUCCUAGCAGCUUAUUCUCAGCUUUACAUAGGGAGGUAAUUGAGAAGAAGCCAGAGGUGUUUAAAAUCACAUGCCUGACUGACAUUAGAGACCUUUUCAGUCCACAGAGACAACCUUUCUACGCUGCCUUUGGCAACAGGACCAAUGAUGCAUUUGCUUAUAAGGAAGUUGGCGUACCUGAAACUCGGAUCUUCACUGUGAACCCUAAAGGGGAGCUCAUACAGGAGAACAGCAAAGGCCACAAAUCCUCGUAUUCUCACUUGAGUGAGCUGGUGGAACACGUCUUCCCUCUACUCUCUAAAGGCCGGCCUGCAUCUUUUGAUUACCCAGAAUUCAGUCACUUUUCGUUCUGGAGAGAACCCUUAGAACCACUGGACCUCACUUCACUCUAGACUUCCUAGUUUAUUUCCACAUCUUUCUGGUUUUGCUAAAUGCCCAGUUUCUCUUUACCUCUCAUUACUAUAACACUAAAGUGCUGACUAUAAUAAGCUGAAUGCCAGACACUGUUCGGCUUAUAUGGUAAAACAGAGAAAGAUGUGUUCAGGAAAGCCGAGGAUAAUCAUUUGUUAUCAAAUAAAUCCUCUGUUUACUUUAUAAGAUUUUUCUAUUAAUUUUACAGCAUUUGAAAUGUGGUGUUUUUUUUGUUUUUUUUUGUGAAAUGCAUUAUGUUUAUAUUCUUUUAAGGACAGUUACUAUAUUCAUCUAAAUACAAAGUACUAUCUCUCACCACUUUCCACUAUACCUCUGAGCGCUAAAUCUGGGCUGGGAGUCUUGUAAAGAGAUGCACGAUUCCUAAGCAUGCGAUAAGACCGUGUCAGACUGGAAAUCUCGCUGGAUUUGUAAGCUUGCAUGAGGCAACUUAAUUUCUGUGCUGCUUCAGCCUCAUCUUACAGCCUGAAAAUAAUACAGAUGAUGUUGUUGAAAUAGUUUUGAAAAAGAAAAAUGGGUUUCUUUAAUACUGCCAAAACUCUAAUCAUAAAUAUUUAUGUAUUUAUUUAUUUUUUUAUUCGUGUCGACAUAAACACUGGUUCGAAGGCGUAUGAGUAUGCUAAGAUAUUUUGUGAAAUGCUUUCACAAUCAAACACUUCUUAUUAAAUUCACGGGUUUUAACCAGAAUUCGAAUCUAACAGAUCAGAUUGCGGGCUAUAAUAUGAAACGACGUGUCACUAUAAACACUUAUACACCAUUUCAGCAGGAUUUAAUAUGAAUAAUGAAUGGAUUAUUUCAUGAAGUGUUCUAUACAGUACACUGCCAUCUUUUCACAUAGGCUACGUAUUCAACAAUCUUGUGUACGAUAAUUGAGAGAGAUUUAUUAGCAUUUUCCUCAGAUGCGGCACUCACAUGGCUUGUUGAUGGUUGUAGUGUGUAAUAUAUCUAUUUUUCCUUUCAGGUUUGAAUCAUUUGAAAAGUUGAGAAUGUGAAUAGACGCUGUGCUUUUGCUGAAAAAGUGUUAUGUCAUAUUUCGUUUUUCAAUUGGACAGACUGUUACUGCAAAUACUGCUGAGAGAAGAAUAAUAAAGACAACAGUGAUUUUUAA